UUGCGUGUUAACAUAGGAACAUGUGUGGCAAUAGUGUUAAACAAACUUGAUAUAUUGCCCAAAUAUCGUCAAAACAGAUGCAAGGAAAUUGAUCCGAACAAGUCCAGGUACCGAAUCAACAUAUCGAAAUGAGUUUAUUUCAAGUUAUCCUACUGACAUGUGUUAUGACACUUAUGGUAAAUGGACAUAAAUCCUGCUCCAGAAAUGCUGGUCUUAUGAAGAGUAUCCAAUACCAACUUAAACUCGUUGAAGACAAUAAUGGAAAAUGUGAUUGUACAGGGAGAGAUUCAAGAAGAGAUUCUGUGACAGAACCAGAUAAAGUCGCGUUUAUGGCUAAAACUAUAUCUGCUUUAAUAAAUAUUCCUGCAAAAUCUACUGUAGUAUACGAUACAGUUGUGACAAAUAUAGGCAACGGAUACGACAAGUCAACUGGGAUAUUUACAGCUCCUUCAAAUGGUAUCUACAUAUUUUCCUGGACCGUACUAACUCAUAAUCACAAAUACUUCGUCACUUAUCUGGCUCUAAACGGAAAUGUGAUAAUAAAAAACUACACGGGAGCAAAUAGUGUGGCGGAUCACAUAUCAUCAAGUCAAAAUGCUGUUAUCGAAAUUAAAAAGGACGAUAAAGUAUUCGUUAAGGUCCUAGAAGGCAAUACCGGACAGUACAUGAUUGGUAAUCACUAUUCAUCUUUUAGUGGUUAUAAACUUUAGAAGCAUAUA